AUGAAGCAAGAGUUUGAGAUGAGAAUGAUUGGAGAGCUCACUUACUUUCUGGGUCUUCAAGUCAAACAAUCCCCUGAAGGGAUUUUUAUCUCUCAAUCCAAGUAUGCCAAAGACUCGGUCAAGAGGUUUGGUCUAGAUGGAAAGAGUCAUGCUCACACUCCUAUGAGUACAAGUGUGAAAAUCAGUGCUAAUGUCACAAGGAAAAGUGUGGACUCCCCUCUUUAUCGGAGCAUGAUUGGGAGUUUAUUGUACCUCACAGCAAGCGAGCCUGAUAUUGCCUUCAGCAUAGGUGUUUGUGCUCGCUUUCAAGCUAAUCCAAGGAAUCUCAUCUCACUACUGUCAAAUGCAUCAUUAGGUUAUUCUAAUGCAGAUUUGGUUGGUAAUGCAAAUGAUAGAAAAAGCACAUCGGACGGUUGCUUUUAUGUUUGCACCAAUCUGGUGGCAUGGCUGAGUAAGAAACAGUCUUUUCUUUCUCCAUCCACUGCCGAGGUAGAAUACGUUGCCCGCCGGUAG